CUAAACCCACAACAGUAAAAUCAGUCUGUACAUGCAGUAAAGCAUGCUUGUUAUACUCACUGUGGAACCUAAGUGUUAAUCCUCUGCAUCGUGUAAAAAAACUGUUUGAUCCUGUCUUCUCUGAUCCUCCCCUUCUUCUACAGUCCCCAAUCCAUCUGCUGACAGAGCUCUAGGAGUCACUCUGCUCAUGCUCUGUUUGGUGUGUAUUGCUAGAGCGUUUUUUUUUUUUUUUUUUUUAUUUCUUUCGGAGGGUGCAUGUGAUCAGCACAGGGCCAAUCAGCACUGUCCAGACAGAGGGUUGGGGUCAUGCAGC